AUGCAGGGUAACUCACUGUGGAGUUUGACUCCAAGGGACAGGAAUCCCGGGGAGCCUUCUAACCCCUGGCAGGGCACAGCCCAGAGGCCCAUUCUCCUUGCCACGUCCCCUAACAACGGGGGCUCAGCAGAGCUGGCCUCUCCGGGCUCACCCAAGCACCAGCACAACGUGCUGAGCCCACGUCGUGGGCAAGAUCAAGGUACCGAGAAACAUGAAGGAGCGAGUACUUCUGGGAUUACUGAUCAGGAAAAGGAAUUGUCAAGCAGUGCGUUACAAGCUUUUUUGGCUGGAAACUAUGAUGCCUGUUUACAACACCUAAAUACCCUUCAAGACAUCAACAAAGAUGACUACAAAAUAACUUUGAAUACUGCUGUUGCAGAGUUCUGUAGAAGUAACCAGACCACAACAGACAAUUUGAGACAAACCCUUAACCAGCUGAAGAACCAGGUUCACUCUGCUGUUGAAGAGAUGGAUGGUUUAGAUGAUGUUGAAAAUAGUAUGCUGUACUACAAUCAAGCUGUUAUUUUGUAUCAUCUGCGUCAAUAUACUGAAGCAAUAUCAGUUGGGGAGAAGCUCUACCAGUUUAUAGAACCUUUUGAGGAGAAAUUCGCCCAGGCUGUGUGCUUCUUACUUGUAGACUUAUACCUGCUAACUUACCAAGCUGAAAAGGCCUUACAUCUACUUGCUGUUCUGGAAAAAAUGAUUUCACAGGGCAACAAUAACAGCAAGAAUGGAAAAAAUGAGUCAGGUAAUAGUGCAAAUAAAGACUCCUCAAAUCAAAAAGCUGAAAGUGGAACUUUAAUAGAAGUUGCUAAAUCUAAGAUACAUCAGUAUAAGGUGAGAGCCUAUAUCCAGAUGAAGUCACUGAAAGCAUGCAAGAGGGAGAUCAAAUCUGUUAUGAAUACAGCUGGGAAUUCAGCUCCUUCUCUCUUUCUUAAAAGUAAUUUUGAAUAUUUGAGGGGCAAUUAUCGUAAAGCGGUGAAGCUUCUAAACAGUGCAAACAUUGCUGAACAUCCAGGCUUCAUGAAAACAGGUGAAUGCUUAAGGUGUAUGUUCUGGAACAAUCUUGGCUGUAUCCACUUUGCAAUGGGAAAGCACAAUUUAGGAAUUUUUUACUUUAAAAAAGCUUUGCAAGAAAAUGAUAAUGCGUGUGCACAGCUAGGAACGGGUAGCUCAGAUCUGGGUAAAAAAUUUUCAGGGAGACCCAUGUGCACGCUACUGACUAACAAACGGUAUGAGUUACUCUACAAUUGUGGCAUUCAGCUCUUGCAUAUUGGGAGGCCCUUAGCUGCCUUUGAAUGCCUGAUUGAGGCAGUCCAGGUUUAUCACUCAAACCCUCGUCUUUGGCUGAGAAUAGCAGAAUGCUGCAUUGCUGCCAAUAAGGGGACAUCAGAACAAGAAACUAAAGGUCUUCCCAGCAAAAAGGGAAUUGUGCAAUCUAUAGUAGGUCAAGGCUACCACCGUAAGAUAGUCCUGGCAUCCCAGUCAAUACAGAACGUUGUUUAUAAUGAUGGGCAGUCCUCAGCAAUACCUGUAGCAAGUAUGGAAUUUGCAGCCAUUUGUCUACGAAAUGCCUUGCUGCUACUGCCAGAAGAUCAGCAGGAGCCAAAGCAGGAAAAUGGAUCUAAAACUAGUAAUCAGCUGGGGGGAAAUACAGAAAACAGUGAAAGCAGUGAAGCAUGCAGCAAUAAAAGUCAUGAAGGGGAUAAGUUCAUUGCAGCUCCACCUUCUUCACCUUUGAAGAAACAGGAAUUAGAAAAUUUAAGGUGCUCAAUACUUGCCUGUAGUGCUUACGUGGCUCUGGCUUUGGGUGAUAACCUCAUGGCAUUGAAUCACGCAGAUAAACUUCUUCAGCAACCAAAGCUGUCAGGGUCUCUUAAAUUUCUUGGGCAUUUGUAUGCAGCAGAAGCUCUCAUCUCUCUAGACAGAAUAUCUGAUGCCAUCACUCACUUGAACCCUGAGAACGUCACUGAUGUUUCCCUUGGGAUCUCUUCCAAUGAGCAGGAUCAAGGGUCUGACAAAGGAGAGAAUGAAGCGAUGGAAUCUUCUGGCAAGCAGACCCCCCAGUGUUACCCCAGUUCGGUCACAUCGGCGCGAACAAUGAUGUUGUUUAACCUUGGAAGUGCUUACUGUCUGAGGAGUGAAUAUGACAAAGCUCGCAAGUGUCUUCAUCAGGCUGCUUCACUGAUCCACCCCAAAGAGAUCCCUCCAGAGGCUAUUCUGCUGGCUGUAUAUCUUGAAUUACAAAACGGUAACACACAGCUGGCACUGCAGAUCAUCAAGAGAAACCAGCUUCUCCCUUCUGUGAAGACACUCUCCGACAUGCGGAAGAAGCCAGUGUUCCAGCCAGUCCACUCAAUCCAGCCCAUCCAGAUGCCAGCUUUCACUACUGUUCAAAGGAAGUGAGGUCAUGCUCUGCCUGGCUGCUGCCCUGCCCUUGGGGGCUUGGGAUUUUGUAUAUUUUUUUUAACCUAGGACACCUGCAUACCCCAAUUGCUGGAGUGUGUUCAUUUAUGUAAAUUUUUAAUAAAACAUGUAAACAAAAA